AUGGGCAAGAACGUGAUAAAGCACGGAGGUAAAUCAGGUAUUCUUCCACCUGCUAGGGAGAUAUUCAAGCAGCCUAUCAAGCCAAUUACCAUCAAGAAGAACCCUAAUACGGGCUACGCUCCCAACAUCCCUCAUCCUCGGGGGUCAACCAGGGAAGCUAUAGUUCCUAAGGUGGUUACAAUCGAAGAAAAAAUUAGCAAAACUGCCCCCGAGCCCAAGAAGAUUUACUCAAGUGAGGAGUUAAGUAAGCUUUCAGCUGAUCAACAGUGGAAGAUCAAGAACAGCAAAUUGCGUCGAGAUUACUUGAAGGAAAGUUACUACCAAGAAGAGAAGAACUUAGAACAUAAGGAGAAGAUCCAGCAUUUGAAAGAGAGCAAAGCAAAAGAAGAAGCUGCCGCUGCUUCUCAUUACGAAGUUAGUGAGGCUUUCCGAUUGACUUUACCAUCGAUGGAGCAGUUCCUGGAAGGGCCAAUCGUCAGACAAAGAACAAAAGAGGAGAAACGGUUGUUGAAACUAAAGAGAGAACAUAAUAGGCUACAACGCGAGUUGGCUAUCAAGGAGCAAAAAGCGUCCGAUCUUUUGAGAUUGUGUUCUUCUGCCAAAAAUUUCAUUGUGACAGAAGAAGAGCUGGAAAGGAGAGUAGAGGAACUGUACCGCACCGGACCCAAGGCUUACUUCAAUGGCUCUAAUAUGAACUCUUUUGAGGACCAACAGGCGCUGGAUAUAGAGAAGACUGUGCAAGAGAAAUUAUUUGGUACUGUGAAUGAAGGACCGGGUAUCUCAACUAUUGAAGACAUACUGAGUGGAGAAACUGAAAAGUUGAAGAAUGCCGUAGAGGAUAAGGUGAAACAGAAUGAUAAAUAA